GAAAUCCUAGCGUCAGCUUGUGUUCACAAUAAAUAUAUUUUGCAAAACGGGGAAUCUAAGAUGAAGAGUCUGGUGGUAGUUCUGCUGAUCAUCAAAUGUGUUGCUGGGUCAGCAGUGAGCAGAGAGGGUCCUCUGGUGAGCACUCCCAAGGGGCAGAUAAGAGGAGUGCGCGCAGAGGAUGGAGACUACGACUCGUACUUGGGGAUACCGUACGCGCUUGUGGAUGAAGAAGACCCUUUUGGGCCUUCAACCCCACAUCCGGACUUCGAGGGCACAUUCGAUGCUGUGAUCGGUGGAGUUGAAUGUAUCCAGGCAUCCAACAGUCCCGCUACAGGCAUCAUCCAAUGUCUCCAGCUCGAUGUCUUCGUGCCAAACAACCCGCAAUCCACCGCACUAUUACCAGUAAUGGUCUACAUCCACGGCGGGGCAUUCGUCGUAGGAAGCAAAGCUGAAGCAACACCACAAUUCUUAGUUAAACAUGACGUCAUCCUUGUUUCAAUUAACUAUAGACUCGGUUUAUACGGUUUCCUGUGCACAAGCGAACCUGAAUACAAAAACGUUGGACUCAAAGAUCAGGUGCUUGCUCUAAAAUGGAUCAAAGAGAAUAUUGAAAGUUUUGGUGGAGACCCUGAUAAGAUAACUGCGUUUGGAAUGUCAGCGGGGGGGACCAGCGUUGAUCUUCAUUUGCUAACUAGUGAAGGAUUAAUCAACAGAGCUAUCCUCAUGAGCGGUACUGCUUUGAUGUCUUGGUUAAAUUUUGAAGUUAAUGAUGAAAUGCCUAUAAGUUUAGCGAAGCAUUUUGACUACACUGGUAACGAUGUAAAAGGAGCUAUAGAAUUUCUUAGCACUGUCAAUGCGGAUGAAGCUGUAACAGCAGCUGAUCGUUUGGACUAUGUGUCUGAUGGUCGGGGUUACCCUAAAACUCUGCCUUGUGUAGAAACAGAAUCAGAAAAUGCUUUUCUUACAAAUUAUCCUGUUAACAUGCAACCAAAAGUUAAAGGAAUGGACAUCAUGAUUGGUUACGCAAGCAAAGAGAUGAUGUUCAUGUACCCAAACGCUGACGAUGUACAGUUCUAUAGAGAUUACUCAUUUGAUUUCGAAUUACUUUUCGAGUUUGACGAACCUCACGGCGUAAAUACCGUCAGACAAUUUUACAUUGGAGAUGAAGCACCAAAUGAAAAUUUACAAGACGAGAUUAUAGACUACGGUUCAGAUAGAGCUUUUGUUCACCCAGCUGAGCGUAGCGUUACUAAGUAUCUCGAUUCUGAAGCUAACAAUGUUUACAAAUACCUGUUUUCAUACGUUGGUGAUAGGAACAUUCUUAAGAUAAUGCUUGGUCUGACUGCGGAAGGCGCUUGUCAUGCGGACGACUUGGGAUACUUAUUUGAUGUGCCACUCAUAGCGAAUGUGCCCAGAACUGAAGCUGAUCAGAGAAUCAUUGAUGCGAUGACGAAAAUGUGGACAGACUUCGCUAAAUACGGAAACCCGACACCAGAGUCAACAGAAUUGAUUCCAGAGUGGAAGCCCGUAGACAAGAAACAGCGGCCAUAUUUGAACAUUGACAAUUCUAUUUCGCUUGAGAGUCGUGCGUUUAACAAGAGAAUUGCUUUCUGGGAUCUGUAUUAUAAAUUGCAUGGAGAUAAAGUCAGGGGUUACGAAGCUAUUGAAGACAAUGAGGAAGGUGGCAAUGAGGAGGGGGGUAAUGAAGAAGAUGGAAAUGAAGAAAACGACGAUGGGAACAAUGGUAGCACUAGUGUUAUACCUGUAGCAUUUUUAUCCAUAAUCACUUUAUGUGUAACUUUAUUGAUGUAGACGAUUAAAUAAAACAGAUAUUUUU